AUGGCUUGGAGGUUUGAAUUAGAUACCCCUGUAAUCUCAUAUGUUCCGAAACCCAAAAAAGCACCGAAUGUUACACUAGAGCAAAUUAUGAAGCAAAAAAAAGAUAAGAAAGUGGAAUCUAUAAGGGGUUAUUAUGAUCCUAUGAUUUAUGAAAUUGAGGAAGAAAUAGCCAAAUUGAGAGAAAAGAAAGAACAGAUUGAAAGGGAUAGAGAUGAAGAGCUUAAAGCAGCAGAAGAGCAGUUUAAGAUUGAAGAAAUUGAAAAUGCUUGCUUAAUAUGCUAUGCUGAAAAAGCGACUGAGACAUUGAGAUGUGGGCAUGUUGUGUGCGGGGGAUGCUUGAAAAAGAUUGAUGUGUGUCCUUUUGAUAGGAGUAAUUUAGUUUAA